UCCCGUGGCUGUGUCUGCAUGUGGAUCUCAGUGCUGAGGAAUAUGGAGCGUCUGACUGCUGUGUGGAGUUUGGGGAUUCUUCUGUCUCUGAGUUUUGAAGGGGUCUUGUGUCAAACCACCAACUACACCAGGCCUGCGUUUAACUGUGGAGGUGAUCUGGUUGGAGACUCAGGCUUUGUAGGCAGUGAAGGAUUCCCAUCGUUCUACAAACCCAACAGCAAAUGUACCUGGUACAUCACAGUUCCAGAGGGCAAUGUAGUCAUGCUGUCCUUCAGGAUUUUUGACCUGGAGGCUGAUCCUCUCUGCCGCUACGACUAUGUGGAUGUGUAUAACGGACACUCUAACAUGGUACAGAAGCUCGGGCGUUUCUGUGGAACGUUCCGGCCUGGAUCUCUCAUUUCCACAUCCAACACCAUGAUGGUAGAGAUGGUAUCCGAUUCAGGAACAGGAGGAAGAGGGUUCCUGGCCUACUUCAGUGGAGGAAAGCCACAUGUGGAUGAGCACCAGUUUUGUGGCGGGAAGCUCACAAAAUCUCAGGGCACAAUCAAAACUCCCAAUUGGCCGGAGAAAAAUUAUCCAGCAGGCAUCAGCUGUUCUUGGCUUAUAGCAGUAGAGUCGGAAAUGGUGAUUGAGGUGAAGUUUGAUAAGUUUGAUUUGGAGUCUGACACGUACUGCCGCUUCGACUAUGUGGCGUUCUUUAACGGAGGAGAGAAAGACGAUUCAAGGCGCAUCGGAAAAUACUGCGGAGACACUGCACCUCAGAACAUUAUCACCAAUGGCAAUGUGCUGUUAGUACAGUUUGUAUCUGACCUCAGCGUGACCUCAGACGGAUUCAUGGCAUCAUACACUAGCAUCCCACGUGGCCUCCGUACUCCGACUGCAGAUGGCGAUGUUGCCUCAGGACCUAGAGUGUCAUCCACAGCCACAAGAACCCGUCUCACCCCAGUCAAACCGGUGAAACCUGUGGCCUUUACAACAGAAGCAACAACUACAACCACAACUACGACCACUACAACUGCUGAACAGCCAAAGCCACGACCCAAACCCGUUAGACCCAUUAAACCUGUGAGACGACCAGUCAGUAAACCAGAGCCAGAUGAAUCCAGACCAGCCACAGGGACGGACCCAAUGUGUGCAAAGGCAUGUAAAAGAGAUGGAACCAUCAAAACUAGUUUCUGUGCUAGUGAAUUUGUUAUCACCGGUAAGCUGACAGCAUUGACUCCUGGACCUAGUGGAAGUAUACAGGCCACAGUGUCCUUAAUUAAGGCCUAUAAGACUGGUAGUCUUUUAAUCACUCAAGCUGGAGAAACCAUGUCUGUCAAACUUGUGAUGCCCUGCAAGAAAUGUCCAUUGCUGCGCAGAGGUCAAAACUAUAUCCUGAUGGGUCAUGUGGAUGAGGAAGGCCGUGGUGUUCUCUCCCCUGGUAGUUUCACUGCCCUGUACAAAGCCCCACACCACAAGUUACUGACCAACAUCAACAACCAGCCAUGCUGAUCUGAUCACUCUGAUCCAUGUUAGCACAAUCAACCUUCAGAGCACAGACAGUAGAUGAAAGCAAAGGGCAGUGAUUAGACAACGGCCCAGAACUAGUCUGGAUAUUAAGAGGUAUUUUUUGGCAUUGUAAUAUAAUGCUCAGGAAGUUAAACACACAAUUUCAAAUUAGCUGUGGUGCAUUUCAAACUUGUCAACUCAGAGCUGCAUUUUAUAGUUGUAAAGUAAAGAUACACUAUAUUGCCAAAAGUAUUGGGUCACCCCCUUCUAAUGAACAGGUUUGACUACUUUAGUAAUUUUCAUGAAUACAAAUACAAAUCCAAGCUGAUUAUGCAGAUUUUGAGCCAAACACCAAUGACUUGUACAUACACUAUAUGGACAAUCGUAUUGGGACACCCCCUUCUUUAGAACGGAACAAGGCACUUCCAAAACUGUGGCAACGAAGAUGGAAAUAUAAUUAAUUUAUUUAAAAAUUGUAUUUCCAUCUCUGUUGCAACAGUUUUGGAAGUGUCUAAAAUGACUGUACCCAUAUGUACAAGUCACUGGUAUUUGGUAAAGAGUUUUUGGCUUAAGAUCUGCAUAAUCAGCUUGGAUUAGGACUUGGCUUUCUGCAGACCAGUCAAGUUCUUCCACACUGACUAAAUCAAUAAUUUCUUUUUGAACCUUGCCUUAUACACAGAGGCAUUGUCAUGUUAGAAUAGAAAAGGGUCCUGUCCAAACUAUUGCUUUAAAAUUAGAAGCACACAAUUCCCUAGAAUAUCAUUAUAUGCUUAAACAUUAAGAUUUGUACUCAUGGAAAUUACUAAAGUAGUCAAACCUGUUCAUUAGAAGGGGGUGACCCAAUACUUUUGGCAAUAUAGUGUAUUUUUCAUACGAGUCUACAUAUGCACACAGAGAUGUCACAAAAUAUAUUUGUAAUUUAUGAUGAUGUCUUCUAAUACAGGAUUUAUAUAACACAUUAUUGCAUUGAA